UGGCGUCCCUGGAGAUCGCCCGCUCCAAACUUGCAUAUCCUGCCCGAAUACUACUUCUCGGGCUGCAUGCCCUUGGGACUGUCUUUGGUCUAGCAUAUAACGCCAGAACACCCGACUUAUAUCCCAAUAGCUCACAUCAUUCACUGGCCUGGACGUUGACUGCAGUUGCUAUCUUGGAAUCAAUUAUAAGCAUCCUGAGAAGCUUCUCGCGAUCCCACUCCAUCAAACCCACCUUUGAAGCCAGUCACGAAGAGCAGCCGCUAGUUUCGUCUUCCAGACUUUUUCAAUCAUCCGAGGAGUCCCUUGGCGAUGACCAAACACACGCCACAGACCCGACAUAUUUCCAAUUUCGGAGAGAGAGUCGAUCGAAUCGAUCGAAUCCCAUGAGAACCGACUCCCGCGCUCGGUGGGACUUUUCUUUCUUUCCAUCCCUCGCCGCAGUCGAUGGACGGUAUAAACGACCCCUCUCCUGGACCAAAAGCCGGUCCAAAAUGAUUUCAGCCGAUCGCUUCAUCCCUCUUGUGGCGUCCACAUCUAUCUUUUUCCUCAUGGUAAUGAUCGUCCUAGCGUUUGUUGCUUUCUGCACUGGAAUAGUUACUAUGGCUGGAAUAUUUCAUGGAGUUCAAAUUUUCAAUGGCUUAGCCCAUUUCAUCAAGGGCGGCGUUUUCUUCUUCCUCGGCCUCAUAACUAUGCUCCGCUGCAGCGGCUGCUUUUCUGGGCGUGGCUGGGCGUGGAAUCUCAAAGUCUCGACAAGUUCUCCGUCUCGGAAGUGGAGUGGCUCUGUCACCAUGGAGGGGGUUGAAUGUUUGCUCAUCUUCAUUUAUGGAAUCACCAAUGUUUUCCUAGAACAUCUCUCAGGUUGGGGAGGGGCGUGGACACCACAGGAUCUUGAACAUGUCGCCAUAUCGCUCUUGUUCAUUGGGGGUGGUUUGUGCGGCUUGAUGGUUGAGUCCCGGGCUUCAUUUUCAAGAAGACAAGCGUCGGAAGACUCUCUCACCUUGAACGAAAAGCAGAUUUUGAUACCCGGAUACUCGACAAACCCCGUACCGGCCAUGAUUAUAUUUCUCCUGGGCACAAUCCUCGGUGGCCACCAUCAAGACACAGUGGAGUCUACAAUGAUGCACAAAUGGUUUGGUAAUUUCCUCACAGCAGCAUCGAUAAUGAGGAGUCUCACAUACCUGCUGCUCUACAUUGCACCAGCAAAAUCUAUAUCGCCGUCUCGGCCUCCGUCUGAGCUUGUCACGUCGUUCGGUCUGAUGUCGGGAGGUCUGAUGCUCAUGGCUAGUAAUAGAGACACGGUCGAUGCGAUGAUUGAGAAUCAUCUGAACGCCAUGCUAGUGGCCACUGUCACAAUGGGCAUAACGGCUGUUCUGAUGGCGUGGUGUUUGGCACUAGUUGCCGUAAAUGACUGGGCACAGAGGAGGGAAGGAGGGACGAAAGUACCCAGGAAAGGCUUGGAGUGA